CUGAAAUAUACUAUAUCUGAGAUGAUGUUCGCAGUUAGAAUGUCUUUGGUCUCUGGGAACUAAACAACUGCACACAACUGUCACCUCUUCCUUCAUGUUGCCUGUGACCAUAACCAUCACCCUCCACAAUACCAUCCCAUUGAUAUCGUUGCUGCAUCGCCUUGACAAUACACAUCUAUAAUAAUUGUCACUGCAAGCACCAAUAUACAUACUAACUAAAACCGUCACCACAACCAGCGAUAGGUAUUGUUACUACAACCACCAGCACAACCACUACAAUCAACAUUACGUAUUGGAUCUGUCACAGCAACCGCCAAUAUUCUACAGCUGUCACCACAACCACAUAUCAACAUCACAUACUGGUUCUGUCACCACCACCACCACUAUCACCAACACAUACUGUAAGUGUCACUGCAACUAUCACUACUAUUAGUACUCUUACCGCAACUGUUAUGCUUUAUCCCAUCCACCUCCAAAUAUUACUUGAGAAAGCCACGUGUUUGUGUUAAGGACAAUAUAAUAAAGCUAUAACAAUAACGUAAAAAAUAGGGAAAUAACAACAAAAAAUUAUAUAACAGUAUGUAAAAGAAAGGAAAAAAAUAAUCAGCUGUUGACAACAACAACAACCGCAACAAUUUGAUGUGUAAGAACAACAACACGACCAGCAGUCGAAACGACAUCACUGUCACGCUAUACUAACAACAACACCACCACCAUUGGCCCAAAAAAUAACAACCACUACCACCACAACCAAUAAGAGAAGUGUUACCAACUACUACGACCACUACCACCAACGCUACCGGCGUUAAUUACGAAUAAAAACACACCACUCUGUCACUAACAACCAUUAACACCAUCAGAACAUCAACGACGUUUACAGUGCCAUUAGGAGUCAACACCAACUAAGCUGCACUCGCACUUUGCGUUUUUUUAUUGGCCUUUGUGAUUUGACAGAUACUCUUUCAUCAAUCUCUGCCUCUUUCUCUCAAUAUAUAUAUAUAUAUAUAUAGAGACACCACUCCACACGCUUAGAUAUAGACAAGUAAUACCACACACACACACACAGAACUUACACAACUUUCUGGAAUUGUUUAACUUCUAAGAACUCAACGAAUAUUUAUGGACAACACUAAAUUUGGUUAGAAUCUGCCCUCGUGAUUCACACUUUAUGGAACCAAAUGCCUUUUUGAGGAGGUCAAAGAAAGCCACGUAUAAUAAUUUGUGUUGUUCAAGGCAUUUCAACUAUAGCUGGAAAGCACAGAAGAUCCUAUCAUCAGUGUGUCUGAAGAAUUGAGAAGCAGACUGAGAUUCAGAGUGAUACUUUUGUAACUGGAAGAAUGUUGAAAUUCAGAAGUCUUUUCACUGACUUCUUGCAAACUCCAAUUCAUCAAAACUGAAUGGUUUCUUCCACAGUAGGAAUAUACAUAAUUAGAUAUUGGCCAAAAUAUCUUAUUUUCAUCUGUUAGACUCCUAAAAAAAAAAAAAAUUCAUCAUGACAACCAUUUCAUCAGAAAAAAGCAGUGUCUCUGGCCCAGAGGAAACAAACCCUCAAGCCAUGAACACUUCCAGUGAUAAACUUCAGCCAUCCAGAAGCAGACUUUCAUUUUUGACUGCAAAGUUAUUCCUGGCAAUCGUUGCAUCAGCAAUGGGAUCCUUCAUGUUUGGUUAUGGCAGUGGCGUCAUAAAUUCUCCACAAGUACUUGUGAAGGAUUUCAUCAAUGCUACAGUUCUAGGUAGAUCUGGUGAACCCAUUAAGCACUCACACUUGAACAAUUACUGGUCAUUGAUAGUGGCAAUCUUCGCUGUUGGAGGUAUGAUUGGUGGACUUUCUGCUGGUGUCUGGGCUGACUUUUUUGGAAGAAAGCGAGGAAUCAUGCUGAAUUGUCCAAUUGGUGUUCUUGGUUCUGUAUUAAUUGUACUUUGCAAAACAUGCAAAUCUUUCGAGAUGAUUAUUGUUGGUCGGUUGGUUCUGGGACUCAAUUGUGGUCUAACCACAGUCCUCACUCCAAUGUAUUUGUCGGAAAUUGCCCCAGCCAAUAUCCGAGGAGCACUGGGUGUUGUGCACCAGCUGAGUAUAACUCUUGGGAUCUUCAUAUCACAAGUAUUAAGUUUUCCUGAACUCAUGGGUACUGAAUCCUCAUGGCCCAUAUUACUUGGUCUGACGUUCAUUCCAGCUGCCAUACAGUUACCGCUUUUGAUAUUUUGUCCAGAAAGUCCUCGUUUUCUGCUUAUUUCUAGAAAUGAAGAGACUCGAUCCAGAGAAGUGCUUAUGGAGUUACGUGGCAGUUUCGAUGUGGAGUUAGACAUUGAAGACAUGAAACGUGAACAAAGGAUGUGUGAAUCAGAGCCCAAGAUCAGUAUCUGGGAGCUCAUGUUCAAGUCAGAACUCCGUCGGCCACUCAUUAUCGGAAUGGUGAUGCAACUCUCUCAACAGUGCAGCGGGAUUCUUGCCGUCUUGUAUUAUUCUCAUUCGCUGUUCACCUUGACCGGAAUGAGUGACACCACAGCCAACCACGCCGACAGUUCUAUUGGAGCCGUUCUGGUGGUGAUGACCUUCAUCAGCAUCCCUCUCAUGGAAUCGACCGGCCGUCGUGCACUACACCUCAUUGGUUUAAUGGGCAUGUUUAUACUCAGCAUUUUCUUGACCAUCUCUCUGGUGCUUUCUGACACUUAUAAUGCAAUGCAGGUCGUUAGUAUCGUUAUUGUGAUCCUUUAUGUGGCAUUUUUCGCUGUUGGACCUGGUUCCAUACCCUGGUUGAUUGUAGCUGAACUAUUUUCACAAGGAUCUCGAUCCUCUGCCAUGAGUGUAUGUGUGAUGAUCAAUUGGUUAAGCAACUUCCUUAAUGGAUUUACUUUCCCUUAUGUCGAGAAAGGACUGAAGCACCUAUCCUUCUUACCGUUUACCAUUCUGCUUCUGCUGUUUUGGAUUUUCACCUACAUGUUUCUGCCAGAGACAAAAGACAAGACGUUUCAACAGAUUUCAGAAAUCUUCUCACAGAAGACAUUGAACAGUCAAUCGAAAUCAGAUGGUGUUGCUAAAGAAAAUAGUCACUUGGUUGGGUUCCGAAAUAUGUGAGAGCUUUUGAUAUACACUCAGGCUCACAAAUGGGUAUAUACAUACAUAUAUAUAUAUAUAUAUAUAUGCAAAUCUGUGCUUAAAAUACACUCAAUGUCAAAUAGUACUUUCAUAUAUGUGCAUGUCAGCACACGUACAUGAUUAUGUAUGAUUUCUCGCAUAUACAAGUGCUCAGACACACACACGUAUAUAUAUAUAUAUAUAUAUAUAUAUAUAUAUAUACAUACACAUAUUUAGUAUAUGCUUAUGAUUGCAUAUAUAUAAAUGCUUACAUGUGUGUAUGUAUUUACAUGUACACACAUGCAUGCAUAUCUAUAAACGCAGACACAUAUUAAAAUAUAUAUAUGAAAAUUUAUAUAUUUAUAUAUAAAAACAUUUAUAUAUACACACAUAUAUAAACAUUUAAACACACACACACACAUAUACAAACAUUAAUAUAAAUAAGUAAACAUUGAUAUAUAUAUAUAUAUAUACACAUUUAUAUAUAUAUUUAUAUAUAUGUAUAUAAACAUAUAUACAUAUACAAAUAUGUGUGUGUGUGUGUGUGUAUAUAAUCAGUGUGUGUAUGUAUGUAUUUUAUAUUCAGAUGUUUCUCUUCUACUUAUUAAAAAUGAUUAAGUUAUUAUUAAUUGGGGAAUUCAGUUCUCUGUAUAUUUUUGUUAUUCUGAGUUUUAUUUUGCUAAGGUUAAAUCUGCUUAAAGCAAAUUGCAACUGAUGUUCCCAUUUUUUUAAUUCCUAAGCUGGGAAAUAUGACUUGAAAUCUGUUAUAUCUACUUACACAAUGUAAAAGUUCGAUUAAAAAAAAAAAAAGCAAAACAUUGACUAUCUACAUUAAUGAGAGAAAGAAUUCAACAAGGGCGGUCCAAGGUUCAUCCAUAUUUUUGAACAGUGCCACCGAAUAUUCUGAUAUAUAUAUUGAGAAAAUGUUUGCAUGUACAAUGAAUACUUACAAAAGAAAGUUUUUGAUUUAAUUGGAGUGUAAAUCAUUAUGGUAGAAGUUCAUCUGACAAUCAAUUGCUGAGUAUUUUGAAAUACAGCAAAUUUGAACUCAAAACAUGAGUAUAUAUAUUUUCUGUUAUUCAGAAGUUACUGAGUGACUCAAGGGCAAAGUGUUUCAUGCAUUGAUCCUUGAGUCACUCAGUAACUUUUGCUGAUUAGUAAUAAUAAAAAAUAUGUAUUUGUGUGUGUGUGUGUGUGUGUGUGUGUAUGUGUGUAUGUAUGUGUGUAUGUGUGUAUGUAUGUAUGUAUGUAUGUAUGCAUGUAUGUGUAGGUGUGUGUAUUUGUUCAUUUGUUUAACAUCCAUUUUUCUAUGCUAGCAUGGAUUUAGAGUUUUGCCUCAAGUUAACAUUUGUCUUCCAAAAAAAAAAAAAAAAAAAAAUUAUAGCUCACCCAGUGAGGGUUUCAAUGGAUAGUUUUCCAGUUGUCUUAUAUGUUCUAUAAAGAACUGGCUGUUGUUUCUGAUGUGGUUUUUAAGAUUUCAAUGAAUCAAGUUAACUGUCACAUUAAAAUAUCAAUUACGCAACACCUCUAUGGGGGAUUAAUUGAUACGGCAUCACCAAUUAACUUUAAGUAGUUUUGAUAUUGUCUGCUCUUUCAACUCUCUCAAUACUUUUGUUGCUAGACUAUCUCAUGUAUUAACAAUGCUGCAUUCCUAGUUACAUGUAUGCCUUAUCAGAUUGUAAGGAAUACUUCUUUGUUCAACUGUCAGCAGUGGUUUAUACCAAAGAUAUCAAGACCAGUGGUUCGGUUGCUUAGUUCUUUGGAUGUCUUCAACUCUUGACAUGAAACUGUCUUUUUUGUUACAUAUAUGACCACUAACAUCCUUUGUAUUUUGUCUAGUGUAUGUGUGACAUAUAAAGUUGUGCAUUCCAGAGCUGUUUUGACCAUGUGAUCAUGCAUUAAAUCUAUAUUAAUUGAAAUUUGCAGGAUUUUAUCCACAAAUUUCUUUGUAUAUUUUUACAAAAUUAAAUAUGUAUUUUUUAUUACAUUAUAUAUGAUGCGUUAUGGGGUUUUUGCAUUUACAGUUAUAGUUUUAAGCGUGAUCUGUUUCUAUGCCCACUCUUUUUGAUAUAAAAUUCCCUUUUCUUUUUUUCAACACAUUUUGUAUAUUUUAUUUAUAUCGGUCCUUAUAAGAUAUAUUUUUAACUAAUUAAAAUAGAGAUAAAUUCACAUAUUAAUGAAAAGAAUAAAGUUUAAUUGGAAAGAAUUAAUCUUGUUUAAACAAAAUAAUUAAAAUGUUAAUGAUCAAUUAUUUGGUUAACAAUUAAUUAAAUUAGUAAAUCGUUUAUUGUUAUUAAUGCAUAGAAUGCUAAUGGCCAGGCAUAAUUGUGUGUGAAUGGUGAUAUUGUUUCACUUCAAGCUAAUACACUAACACUGAAAAUGAAGUUACACACAUACACACAAUGCAUAUAUAUGCACAUAUAUACAACACAUGCACAUGCACACAUAUUCAUGCUUGCUUGCAUGUACCCAUUCAUUUUACUGAAUGGAGAGCUUCAUUCCAAAUGCCAGUAAACUCAGAAUAACAAAUUGAGCUUUACCGUUGUAUAGAGAAAUAAACUCUAUGUAUUGAUUAUUUUUUUCUCUCUAACAUUAACACCAAAUUGUGUGCAUUUAAAGAAAAAAGGUAAAGUGCAGGAGUAGGAGCAGAUUUUACAUCUAUGUCUAUAUACUAUAUGGGUAAGGGUAUUAUAUUUUUAUUUCUUGUACAUAAAGAGUCUCGUGUUGGUUCAUAGUAUUGAGUUAAAAAUCAUGUUGCAGAUCACAGAUCUCGAAGGAGACUAGGCUGCAUUAUAUAGCAAGAGAAAAGCAAAACAGACAAAUGCCUAUCACUUAUAUUGUGUUACCCAAAGUUUAUGAAUAGGUAUUAUGGAAUGGUUCCACUACAGUAAGCACUGGGCUACUUCAUAAUUGUCAAGUGUUUUUGUCAAAUAUAAAAUAUUGGUGCACUCAGAGAUGUACAUGAAGAUAAUUAGAUAUAUAUUUGACAUUUCUUGUUAUCAAGAGAAAUAUAUGUAUAUAUACAUAUAUAUAUUUGAAAAAUGAAUAGAAACGGCUUUAACAGGAUUGUUGCUCGUUCUGGCUUCUUGGUGUUGAAUGGAUAAAAGGUAAAUGUUGUUCGAGAUUGGAUGAGGAUCUGCUUAGCCAUCUCAGAAAAAAAAAAAAAAUACUGCAAAAUUAAACGCAAGCCUUUCCAUGAAAUAAUGAUUAUAUUUCCUCUAAAGCUAAGCAAAUGUAGGUUUUGACUUAGUCUUAAUGGCUUAGAGGAAGGGAAGAAGGGUAAUGCUUAUGAAAUAUUUUCAGGAGCUUCUUAAACUGCAAGGAAGUUAUUAUCACAGCAGCAACUUGGUCCAAGUGCUUCGAAGACAACAGGCUCUAACAAAGGGACCUAAGAGCCAGUUGCAGGUGUUAAAAUGAAUUUAGCAUAUCUUCUGGUCCGAGGUUUUGGAAGACAACAGGCUCUAUUGAAGGGGUUUGUUAAAAAAAUGAAUUGCAGUCUAAAACCAACUUGCUAGUAGAAAAUUAGUAUAUUUUCUGGUCUAAGGUUUUGAAAGACAAAGGGGGUCUAACAAAGAAACUUAAGGAUCAGCUGGGUUUUGUUAAAACGAAUUACAGACUAAGACCAGUGUGUUAGUAGAAACUUAGCAUAUUUCAUGGUCUGAAUUUUUUGCUUUCUUGCUUAAAAUAAACGGAUAAGUUUGUAAAUUUAAACUUCUCAUUCCCUUUGUCUGCAUACAACAAAAACGCUUUACUACAAAAUAUAUCAGUAUAAAUUAUGUGAAUUAUUUAUAUGUACUGAAUAAACUGAUAUGUAAUA